AUGGUGCAUGGGAAGCUCACUGGGCCUGAAUGCACAGGCGUGACUUUUAACUGCCUUUGCUCUCCUCUCUUCUCUCUUCUCUCUCUUUCUUUUCUCCUCUUCUCCACAUUCCGUCCGUCCAAGGGAUACACAGCAAGGGAUCUCGCCUUUCGUCUUUCCUCCAAAAUGUCUAUCAGCUCUAUCACCGGCCUCAUGGCUAACUACUCGCCCCUCGCCGAUCAUGGCUCGGACGAGAAAGACCUAUCUACUUCCGAUGUCGAGAAUGGAAGCCGCCAGGGAACCGAUCGGCGCUCUCUCCGCCUCAUUGAUGGUCGCACUGUCUCUGACGCUAUCAUCGGUCUGUCUGAUGGCAUGACCGUGCCUUUUGCGCUGACCGCCGGCUUGUCCGCCCUGGGCGAUACCAAAGUCGUGGUCUUUGGUGGUCUGGCAGAGCUCAUUGCGGGUGCAAUCUCCAUGGGACUAGGAGGAUAUCUGGGUGCCAAGAGUGAAGAGGAGUCGUACAAUGCCACCCUGAAGGAGACCAAGGCGCAGACCAUGACUGACCCAAACUCGGUGUCUGAUACCAUCUCUGAUAUCUUUGAGCCUUACGAGCUUCCCUCUGAGCUGGUCGCUCAGCUGAAACGCCACCUCGCUGAUUCCCCUAACUUGCCCUCGUUCCUGAUGAACUUCCACCACACCCUCCCUGAGCCCUCCGACUCGCGGGCCGUUACCUGCGCCCUGACCAUUGCCCUUGGAUACUUCAUUGGUGGUUUUGUCCCUCUGGUUCCCUACUUUUUCGUUGGACCCACCGAGGCCUACAUUGCCCUGCGCUGGUCGAUUCUCACCAUGGUGAUUGCGCUGUUCCUGUUCGGAUACGGGAAGACCUGCUUUGUGAGUGGCUGGAGCGGCCGCCAGAAUGUCCGCAAGGGCCUCAUCGGGGGUAUCCAGAUGGUGUUGGUGGGUGGGGUUGCGGCGGGUUCGGCCAUGGGACUCGUGAAAGGCUUCCAGAUGCUUGCUGAUGGCUCUGGUCCAACCAGUGACUAA